CAAAUCGUGUCGGAACAUUUCAAAACUCAUUAUUUUUUGUAAAGUAUAUAACAGCAGUUAAAGUUUUCUGUCGUGAAUUUAAAUUAAUUAAAAAGUUCUGUUUGUCUAUGAAGAAGCACAAGUACACUGCUAGUUAAAUAUUGAACCAAAAUCUUAAGCAUGUCAGAAAAACCUGCGCUAAUUAAAAAAGAAAGCGUGGUGAAGCUACAGAAGGUCUUGGGCUUGUGGAAAUCUAAAAAUGGUCUGUCUCAGCUUAUAGAGCGUAAAGCAGUCAGCAAAAAAUCGACCGAAGAACCAUCAAUAAUGUUACUUGGGCGAAAAAUCUCGAAAAAACUUAUUGUACCAAACUCGGUAGAAGAUAUAACGAUCACCGCACAACGACUAUGUGAGGAGUACAUCGAGGCAAGACUGGCUCGAUCUGGAAUAAAAGAAUAUGAAAAUCACAGUAGUACCCAACCGGAAGAGUAUUCGAAUGUGCUUCAGAAUAUUGGACAAAUAUUAGAAAUGAAGUAUCCGAAGUUAUAUACAAAAAUAUCCAGCCAUUUAAAACUUACUUACGAUAGCGAAAUAGUUGUUUGGGAUUCGUUUAACAAAUUUGCGACAAACUUAUUUUCCGAAGGGAUUACGUGGGCUAAAAUCAUUGCAUUGUAUGCAUUCACAGGUGGUAUGGCCCUGGACUGCAUAACACACGGGAAAAACGAAAUGCCAGGAAGAAUAGUGUAUUGGCUUGGUGUGUUUGUCAUGAAAAAACUUGCCACGUGGAUACAAGAAAGUGGAGGCUGGGGCUCCAUCGUAGAACAUUUUAACACAGAUCAAGUUGGUCCGGCUUUUUAUGAAAAUGAGGAGGAGAGUGAUAACGAAUUAGACACAAAAGAAAAAGUUUGCGCGUUUAUAAAAACCACCUACGAACGUCAUGACAACAGAAUAAAAAUAAUCGGAAUAAUUCUACUAAGCAUUCUUUUCCUUUAUGUGUUCAAUAAGUUUAUGGUAAAGUAGUCAGAGCAUGUGAUGGAAUACAAUGUUCAAAGGGUCGCGCCGUCGAAUAUUCCGUCGACUUCAUUCCCUCACGAGAGAAGAAAUUGUUUACAUAUGAUAACAAAGGAAUGGAAAGCAGACUAAGUUACUUGGUUUAACAUGACAGCGCUAUAUAAUAAACCUCGUUCCCAGGGCAUUUUGACUUGUGGGUAAUGACGGCUCAGAGGCCACAAGACUCUGGAGACGAGGUUGCUAUAUAAUACCAACAUUUCACAAUAUAUAGAUUUUGAAACAAAAUUCUGCAUCUCGAUGUAAAGCUCGUACUUUACCGUAUUUUAAAAGUAGAAAGAGUCUUUGCGAAAAGUAUUUGAUUAGAAAAAUAUAUAUGGAUCAUAAGAAUUGUAGAUGGGAAGGACAAUCUUUUGCAGCCUAAAACACAUUUCGUCAUGUUGUUAACUGUACUCUCGUUACCACAAGGACGUAAAUACAUGUCGAAUUUUUGAUGCGCGAAAUAAUUUGUAACAAUUUAUGCCGAGGUGAAAAUGUAUCGAAGGGCAUGAAAUGCCUUUGUCCGAAAGAUGAAGAUGACAGUGUUCCACUUUUACCCAUAAUAUAUAACCAUGAAUAGUAUAUGUAUGAUAUAAUGUAGGUAGCUAAGUAUUACAAGUAAUAAAGGUGUAAUGUGUCAGGGACGUAUUUAGAAAAUGUACACUAGUGUAUUUGCACCAGUAAAACUUUUACCCAAAAACUUUACGUGUGUA